CCAACAGACGUCGAGGCGAGAACACACGGCCUUAAAAAGGCGCGCAUGUCAGACGAGUUUCUUUCGGUCUUUCGAUUCGAGCCAUACACGGCGUAUACGCGAUGCGACCAGCUUUGAGUCAAUAAAAAUGGUCAGUGGUCAGUGCUGCGGUUAUCGCGUGUGAGCCGAGCAAGAGAUAAUGUGUCAAUAAUUAAACUGGUCAAUCGGUGCGGUUCGAUCAGUAUGUGAACAGAAUUCCACCUAGGAAGGAACUUCAAUGUGGUCAGUCAUUCGGCAGUUCACGUGAUGUGAUUGGAAAUAAGCUACGCUAAGUGCAACUAGCUGCCAUUGCCAAUUUGUGUGUUGGGCUUCAGCUUUGAUGGCUCGCCUCAAUUGCGAUUUCGAAUUGGAAUCCGAUAUUGAUAUUGACGACAAAUAGUACAUGCCCCGUGACCCAUGAGCCAUGUUCGAUUGAAUGCAGCGAAUACAGCAACGACAACAGCAACAGCAACUGGCAUCGCAGCGACAACACCAAGAGCAACACCAACAGCAGCAGCAGCAACCGCAACAAGUGCAACAUGUUGACCACACACCAUCUGCACCACCUCCACCACCAUCGCGGCAGCACGGCAGUGGAGCUGGACAAGAUCACAAAUCUAAACACGCUCAUCGUGGAGAUCAACAGUCAUGUGGCGCUUUUCCGCGAUAUGCUGAUACACGUGGGCCAGGCCAAGGAUUGCCCGGAACUGCGUGAGAAGAUCCGCAAGUUGCGGCGCACCUGCGUGGAGGCAUUCAAGCACACGGCACAGAUACUCAUGCCACAGGUCAAGAGUGCCAUGGCCGAUGGCAUCCUCACCGACAACCCGCACUUGGUGCUCCUGUUCUACAUGGCCCAGUUGUUCCUACGUGAACUUGUGAAGAGUUAUCGUCUCAUACAAGUCGUGCCAAUGGAUAUGUCCGGCUAUUAUGAGAACCGCGCCGGACCCUCGAACCUGGGCAAUGUUAUAAGCCAGAUUUUGUUGUGCAAACAAAUCACGCCGGACUUCAACGAGGAGGAAUUGUGCAGCAUUACCAAAGACUCGCAGGACAUAGCCGUCCUGCUAUCCGAGAUGCAGGAGUACAUGCCGCAGCACGAGGCGUACUUGGAACGAAACGCGGCACUGGACACAACCGGACCCUGGCAGGCCAAAAGGCGUCAGAACUACAUCUGCAAGAAUAUGAGCCUUCUUUGCUGCGUCUCCAGGCCAAACUAUCUCUGAGACCAGGCGGAUAGUGUUUAAUCCGGCCCGAUUUGGGCCCUGACGGUCAGAAACACACAACCCACUACUUAUAUCAAUUACUAGAGCCUAAGUUGAGCCUACAUAUACCACAUAGAAGAAGUCCUAGCGUUAGGCCGAGGAGGUGAACACUCGAUUGGCAUUGUAACAUAAUCAAAGAUCGAUGGCAGUGCGUUUUUCUUCUUCCAGAGGCAUGUGUAUAAUCAAAGUUAAUUAUGCUGCAUAUACAAUAUUAAUGUAAAAUCAAUUACGCAACUCUGAUACGAAUAUGAAUAUAUACUAAAUGUACACCAACAUAGAGGCGUUUAGCUAAGGGAGUUUGGCGAUCGUUUAAGACUUUUUAGGCCAGUAAACCGUAGUCACUGUAUAGAGUCAAGCGAAUAACACCACACUCUGGUGUUAUCUGAACCAGAUAUAAUCCUUGAGUUAACACUAAGAUUAGGCAGAGGCUGGAGGCUGGGGGCUGAAGGAUGUUAAUGGGUGUUGGGAGCAAGGAAGUCUAGUUGUAGUUUAAUAUGAAGGUAGCCUUCUUAAUUAAGUUAAAUGCCUGGCCAGGCACAGUGCUAAUGAAAAGCAAUAAUGCAAAAGUUGUUAACUCAGACACACACCCACACACAGAGACACACACUCACCAAAUGAAAAUAGAUAUAUAUGUACAUGUUACUAAAUAGGUUUCCGUUUAUUCAUUUCACGGUUUUCAACAGUGAACUCUGCACAGUACCUAAAAAAUAACAAUUAAUCGAACAACAAACGAGCAACGUGUGACCAAUAAAAUACAAAUAAACUAAAAGUAAAUCAAUCUGUUUAAAAAACAAUUCAAUAUUCCAUAGCCAAAUGAUAAUAAAUAAUUCAAAGAAUAUAAAAGCAACAAAGGAAUUUCUAUCAGCCAACAAAAUAUAAUAUUUAAGUAAUAUUUAUUAGUUAAAGCUCAUGUUUAACCCAUUAAGAGCCAGACUCGAUAGAUUUCAUAAAAGAACAUAUAUUUCUCUGUCCUCCCUUCAGGCACAACGA